AGCAAGUGACGGUUGGCCUCGCAGACUUCAAGUGGAACACAAGAGCCAGAGAAAGAUCCAGAAUGCCGCCCGUAGCAGGCGGACCCCCUCAGUACACCCCUCCUGACGGUGGCUGGGGAUGGGUCGUGGUCUUCGGAGCUUUUAUAUCCAUCGGAUUUUCCUACGCUUUCCCUAAAGCCAUCACCGUGUUCUUCAAAGAAAUCCAGGAGAUAUUCCACACUUCCUACAGCGAGAUAGCAUGGAUAUCUUCCAUAAUGCUCGCUGUUAUGUACGCGGGAGGUCCUAUAAGCAGCAUUUUGGUGAACAAAUUUGGCAGCCGUCCAGUGAUGAUUGCAGGAGGUAUAUUGUGCUCCAUGGGAAUGAUCGCCUCCUCGUUCUGCAAUAGCGUCAUUGAACUGUACAUAUGUGUGGGAGUUAUCGGCGGUUUGGGCUUGGCCUUCAACCUACAACCCGCCUUGACCAUGAUUGGCAAGUAUUUCUAUAAGAACCGCCCCAUCGCGAAUGGACUAGCUAUGGCGGGGAGUCCCGUGUUCUUAAGCACGUUGGCGCCGCUCAAUCAGUUUCUGUUUAAUCAUUACGGCUGGAAAGGGAGCUUCUUGAUUUUGGGGGCAAUCCUUCUGAACUGCUGUGUGGCAGGGUCCCUCAUGAGGCCGAUUGGACCCAAACCAGCUCCCGCGGCUCUGAAGAAAGACUUGGAGAAUGGAGCUGGGAGUGCCAGUCUGCACAAGAACAACAAGACUUCCGUCUGCCAAACGAUCAACAGAUAUUUAGAUCUCUCUCUUUUCAAGCACAGGGGAUUCCUCAUCUAUCUGUCGGGAAAUGUCAUUAUGUUUGUGGGCUUUUUUGCCCCAAUUGUGUUUCUGCCUUCGUACGCCAAGAACAAGGGCAUUGACGAGUACUCGGCAGCUUUUUUGCUUUCCAUCCUGGCCUUUGUGGAUAUGUUCGCCCGGCCUUCUAUGGGGCUGCUAGCGAACUCCAGACUGAUCCGACCCCGGAUCCAAUAUUUCUUCAGUUUUGCCGUCCUGUACAAUGGAGUUUGUCACCUUCUGUGCCCUUUGGCGGAAGGCUACACCGGUCUGGUGGUCUAUUCCGUAUUUUUUGGCUUUGCCUUUGGGAUGGUCAGCAGCGUUCUCUUCGAAACGCUCAUGGACCUUGUGGGAGCACCUCGAUUUUCCAGUGCGGUGGGUCUGGUGACCAUUGUAGAGUGCUGUCCUGUUCUCAUCGGCCCUCCGUUAGCAGGUAAACUGCUGGAUGAAACUGGAGAAUAUAAAUAUAUGUAUUUUUCCUGUGGAGUGAUUCUGACAAUUGCCAGUAUAUGGCUGUUUAUCGGGAAUGCUAUAAACUACAAGAUGUUGGCAAAGGAAAAGAAGUUGGAAGAAGAAAAGCAGAAAGCACUAAACCACGCUGAUUCCAAGGAAGCAGAACCACUGACCAACAAUGAAAAUGAGGACGUAACCGUUCGAGCGACGAAAAUCCUGGACGAUCCCUCAGAAAGAGAGACUAAUAUUUAAAGUCCACCGUGACUCUCAGAGAGUGUUUCUGACUUUCAUUAGAAGUAUUUCUUAAAGAUAUAGGGCAGAUUUUGUAGUUGUAAUGAUCAAUCUCAAUUAUGGAUGACAAUAGGAUUUUGUUCCACGACAAGAUUCCAAUCAGUCGUUACCUUCAGCUUAUUUCUUUUGGUUGGUGAGAUUUUUAGGUUAAAGGACAAUGAGCCCAUGAAUAUAAGCCUACUUUCAUCUGACUCUGGAUCUUGUGAGUAGAAUGGUGAUUUGUCUUCCAGUGACAGGUGAUGUUGGACUCAACUAUAAGCGCUUAGUACAGUGCUCUGCACACAGUAAGCGCUCAAUAAAUACGAUUGAAUGAA